AUGGAAAGGAAGAUGAUGGAUGCAGCGAGUGGAGGUGCCAUAGUGAACAAAACUCCUCGUGAUGCUAGAGAUUUGAUCUCCAUAAUGGCCGCUAACUCACAACAAUUUGGAUUCAGGCAGGAUACAUCUCCAAUAAGGGUGAAUGAGCUGGAGGAUUUCCAAGCCCACCACAAAGGAAAUAUGAUCCCUAUUCAUAUAACCACAACCCAGGAUGGAGGGGUCAUCCCAAUUUCAACUAUGGAGCAAGACCACCAUUCCAACACUUUCAGCCUAGACCACCUGCUCCACCACUACAACAAACCUCCACAAGUUCAGCCUAAAGGACUCGAUAGUGAACAACCAAAGGCAUUGGUGACAAAUCCUCCCUUUCCUACUAGAUUGACUAAAUCCAAGAAAGAAGAGGAAGAGAAGGAAAUUCUUGAAACUUUUUGCAAGGUUGAGGUAAAUAUUCCCUUACUUGAUGCAAUUAAACAAGUGCCUCGAUAUGCUAAAUUUCUCAAGGAGUUGUGCACCAACAAGAGGAAGUUGAAAGGUAAUGAAAAGAUAAGUAUGGGGGAAAAUGUUUCAGCCAUCCUCCAGAAAAAAUUACCUCCACAAUGCAAGGACCCAGGUAUGUUUACUAUCCCUUGCAAACUAGGUGAUGUUAGGAUUGAGAAAGCAAUGCUAGAUCCAGGAGCUUCAAUAAAUGUCAUGCCUCUCUCUAUUUAUUCAUAUUUGAAUAUUGGUCCAUUAAAAGAAACAGGUGUGAUUAUUCAACUUGCUGAUAGAUCUAAUGUAUAUCCUAAAGGAGUCUUGGAGGAUGUCUUAGCACAAGUUAAUGGGUUAGUCUUUCCUGCUGAUUUUUAUGUUCUUGACAUGGAAGAAGAUGACUCUUCUAAUUCAACACUAAUGUUAUUAGGAAAGCCAUUUCUAAAAACAUAUAGGACAAAAAUUGAUGUACAUGAUGGUACACUCACCAUGGAAUUUGAUGGUGAAAUUAUUAAAUUCAAUAGUUAUGACACCAUGAGGUACCCUAAUGAUGUGUCUUCUGUUUUUGUUAUGGAUGUUAUUGACACGUUGGCGCAGGAAUAA